AUGUCGCAAUUCUGUACAAUGCCAGCUGGAGAGAGGAAGAUGCAUGCAGCGGCUAUUUAUCGAGACGUCCACUGUGCCAAUGGGGACACCAUGGACCUGGGGAUAAAGGUUAGCACUCCCAAAGACAUCAUGCUGGAGGAGCUGUCACUGCAAUCCAACAGAGGCUCUCGUCUUUUCAAAAUGCGCCAGCGAAGAUCAGAGAAAUACACGUUUGAAAGUAUCCAAAAUGAGGCAAACGCCAUUUAUAACCUCUCAAAUGUAGACAGUGCCGAAAACAAAGAGGGAUCAAAAACACUUCCUUACACACCCGCCCCAGGAAACCCUUCAAAUCCAGAAUGCAUUGCACCAGGAUAUGGAGGCCCCUUGAAGGAUGUCCCUGCAGAGACAUUCAACUCUACAGCUAUACCCAAGUCCUACCACUCCCCUUGGGAGCAGGCUAUCAUUAACGACCCCAACCUGGCCGAGACCCUCAAUAUCAGGAUGCCUGUCACUGAGCCGAGACCAGAGGCUCCUGACUACAAGAGCUUUAACAGGGUGGCCACACCGUUUGGUGGUUUCGACAAAGCCCCCCAGAGCAGUGGGAUCACGUUCAAGCUCCCUGAGAUCGACCUGAACCUCCCCAACUACUCUGAGCUCCAGGACCCAGGGGUGAAACGGCCCACCUUCAACAGGGUCGCCCAGGGAUGGAUAACCGACGGCAUCCCACUGAUCCUGCCCACCGUGCCUCUGGAACCUAUGCCCAUCCCUGAGUCCGAUGACCUCUAG